UAUAUACAUAUUUUAUUUACACAUAUAUUUUCUUUCUUUUUUUUUUGUCAACAGAAAUAAAAAAAAAAAAAAAUAAAUGGCAUCAAAUUUGCCAGUAGACUGUCUCGACCAAAUAUUUAAAUAUUUGGAUGAUGACGUAAAAGCUUUACGUUCUUGUUUAUUAGUCAAUAGGAAAUGGUGUCAGACUGUUGUUCCUAUUUUAUGGAGUAAUCCUUGGAAAUUUGAAAAACAAUCUGAUUGUGAAUUUUGGACAGCAAUAACAGCAACAAUUUUAUUAUGUUUACCUAAAGAAUCACAAGAUUUACUGCGGAGGAACAAUAUAAUUAAAUCUAUUUCAAAUUCUCCUACAACAUUUGAAUACGUAAGAUAUUUUCAAUACCUUUCUCCUGAGGCUAUCGAGCAAUUAACAAGAGAACAUUUGACCGAUAAUUCAGUGGAUCCUCAUCGAGGUUAUAAAGAUCAAUUAUUUGAACAAGAAAUUUACAAAUUAUUUAUGUCAAGAUCAUCACUUAAACAUCUAGUUUUACCCAAAGUUCCUUUAUCAUAUUGUCCAGGAUCGACGACAUGUUUACAAAAACUUCGUGAAUUAGUAUGUGGUAGUGAUAAUUCACCAGAAUUUUUUUAUGGUUUAGCACAAAUAUGUAGACAUAUUCAAAGAUUAGUUGUUGAUCCAUGUCAUGAUGAUAAUGCGGGACUUGCAUCAUUAAUUGAAUUUCAAACUGGAUUAAAAUAUGUAGAAUUACAAGCUCCAGAUGGACAAGUUAAUGAAUAUCCUCGUAUUGGACAAGCAUUAAUAUCACAAGCUCAUUCAAUUUCUAUCUUAUAUUUUCAUGGUAGUUUAUGUAUUAGACCAACAGUACUUGCAGAAUUUAUUAAUUUAAAAAAUUUAAAAUUAUUUAUAUCAGGAGAAAUUUCCAAUUUAUCACAAUUUGCUACAACAAUUUUUCCUAAACUUGAAGUUCUUGAUAUAUUUUGGGAUGAACAUACACCUUUUGAUAUAUUUACACAAUUUAUUGAGAAUACACAAGGAACUUUAUCAAGAAUAUAUUGGAAUACUGAUUGUCCACCUAAUAAACCUGAAGAAAUUAGAUAUUAUCUUGAUGUAAUAUCAAGACCUAAAUUUACAAAUUUAAAAUUUGUUACAAUUUGGUGGAAUUGUUUAGCUACUGAAAAACUUAUGAAAUUUUUAACAAUUCAUCCACAUUUACAAGCAUUAAAAAUAUAUACUUUUACUAGUAAAGCUAAUGGUAAAGAAUUAUUUGAUUUAUUAAUAAGGGCUAAUAGUCCUCAUAGUCUCAAAGUUUUAAAUUUAGAUGGUGAUUGGCAAUUCACAAAUGAAGAUUUAGAAGAAUUUUUAGAUAGUUGGAAAUCAACUGGAAGAAAUCCUUUAUCAUUUUAUAUUUCAUUUAAAUAUAAUAUUACACCUCAUUUUGAAACAAUAAUUCAAAGAUAUCGAGAAGAAGGUAUAUUAAAAGAUUUUCAGAGGGCCGAAUUUUUAGAUGAAGUUGAAUCAUUGAAUUAUUUAUGGAAAUAUUAAAAUUUAAGUUAUUAAAUCAUUAGAUGUAUAUUUUUUUUUGGUGUUGGUAGUUUUUUAUAGAGUAUUAUUAUAUUAUUAUUAUUAUUAUUAUUA